AUGAAGGCUGUCUGCGGCGAGAAGGCGGACGUCGAUAUGUCAAAAGCGGAAGAGUGGAUGCAAACGACGCUGCAAGAAAAAAUCAAAGAAGUGGAGCCUAGGAACAUUUUCAACGUUGACGAGACUGCUCUUUUCUACGAGUGCACGCCAAACAAGACUUUCGCCUUCAAGGGAGAAGAUUGCAGCAGUGGGAAGUUGAGUAAACUGCGCGUAACUGUUCUUGUAGGAGCCAACGUGGACGGCAGUGAAAAGCUUCCGCUGCUUGUUAUUGGAAAAUCUGCUAAUCCACGUUGUUUCAAAAACGUCAAAACGAAGCCAUGCGAGUAUCAAGCUAACAAGAAAGCUUGGAUGACUCAAGAUAUUUUUGAAAAUUGGCUCCUUAAGUUGGACAAGAAAUUCUACAGAGAGAAGAGAAAAGUGCUGAUGUUCGUGGAUAACUACAGUGCCCACAAUUCCAUUCCGGAUUUAGAAAACAUCGAAGUGGUGUUUUUCCCGCCAAACAUGACGUCCGUUCUUCAACCGAUGGAUCAAGGAAUCAUCAACUCUUUCAAGAUUCACUACAGGUCAAUUCUAGUGCGCAAGGUGUUGGACGAGCAAGUUACACUCAGCAAAAACCAAGUGAAGGUCAACAUUCUGCAAGCCUUGAGGAUGUGUGCAGAUGCCUGGCGACAAGUAAGCGCAACGACGAUCAAAAAUGGAUUUAGGAAGACAGGAUUCAUCCGUGGCGAAGAAACUUCAAUCAAGUUCGAGGAAAGCAUCCUGGAAGAGGCAAAGCUGGACCAAGAUUUCAUCAACAUCGACCAAAAUGUAGCCAUUUGCGGCGAACUAUCUGAUUUUGAAAUUUUGAACGAGGUCCAAGGAUCUACGGCUGUGGAGUUAUCAGACGACGAAGAAGAAAAUCAAGAGCAGCUUUCAUCCUCAGUAGCUCCAACUCCCAAUGAAGCGCUGGAAUUUUUAGCAAAAUUGAGGGAAUUUGCAGAGUCGCGACAAGACGUUGAUGAAGAUAUUUUCGCAGCGAUCAGCAAAAUCACUCGAUUUGCUUCAAAGGAAAAAAUCAUCUUGUUGACAUGUCCGGCUUUCGGACUCUAA